AUGUCGAAUGUAACUUAUUACGAGCAAUGGCUAAAAAUUAAAGAACAAAUGCAAAUUGCUAUACUAGAAGAUGAACGCUUACAAGAAUUAGCUUCAGCCUUUGUGGGAAUCAAGCCUCAAGGAACCGCAGUAGAGAUCGUUGCUCGAGUGUAUUGUAAGUUUUGUGAUUUAUACAACAAGUUGUGUGAGUGUUAUGAUCAAAUGGAACAAGUUCAAAGACGACCAUUUAUAAAAAAAAUAAUUGAUGCACUAACUUGUCGUAUCCUUGAACUGAAAACAACUCUAGAGGAAGUAGAGCUUUUCGAGUUUACAUAUCCUGAUAAUGCACUGCAACAAUUACUCAUGGUGCCACAAGAUAUUCGAAUACUUUGUCCAUUUCAUUAUCCAUACGAAAUCAGACAAAAAGAAAUGCAAUAUAUUAUUGAUCAAAUUUUUGCUGGUAACCGAAUAGGCGAUCCGACCCCAACAGCUUCUGAAAUUGAACGUCGAGAACAAGAAAGGUUAGAAGAAGAAGAAAGAAUACGCCUAGAAAAAGAAGCUGAGAUGAAAAGAAAAUUGGCUAUGGGAGAAGAAAUUGUAUUAUCCGAUUCCGAGUCUUUACAUUUAUCCCCAGAAGAAUUAGAGGAAUUAAAACUUCAACAAGAAUAUAAUGAACAUAUUUUAAAUAUUCAGCGGAUGGAACGGUCGAAAUAUACUAUACGGGAAAGGACUCAUACUUUUAAUAAGGAUAGAGACUUAUAUCUUGAACUUGCUGGUUUAAAAGCACCACAGGCUAGCGAAGAAUUAAGAACGAGGGCAGCCUCUUUUAUCCAAAAAAUAUACAGGCGAUUUAUGGAACUUAAGCGAGAACAUGUAACUAUGAAUAUGCAAAAAGAAAAGCUUGAUAUGAUAAUCCCAUCUUGGGUACCACCCUCAGCAAAGGAGAAAUUAAAAAAAGUUAAAGAAACUCGACGUGAAUUUAGAAAUAAAUAUUAUGAAAAUUGGCUUGCAGAAAAUCUUAAAGAAAAUAGUCGUGUAGUUAGACUGAGAGAAGGAGACGUGAUGGAAGAUAUAUCAGCCGAAAUCAGGCAAUGGUUUCGUGAAUGGUACGAUGAAGUAAGACUAUUUGAUGAGUUUCCUUUUCCCGAAGAAGGGGGCUCUAUACUGAUUGUUACAGGGGAAACAUUCACUAUAGAAGAGUAUAUUGAGUGGCGAACAGAAGAAGAGAAACGACUAAAAUCAGAAGGUGCACAAAAAAGUAAAGAACAGAUUAAAGCGGAAAAAUUAGCAGCUCGCGAGGAAGAAAAAAGAUUAAAAUUAGAAGCUAAGUUAAAAGAAGAAAAAAGAUUACUUGAUUAUAAAAAGGCACGACUUAAUCCUGAUAAUGAUCCAGGUAUUUAUAUUACCAUUGGUACAAAUAUCAGCCAGGUACAUGAAGCUUGGGACAAAUAUCAAAAUCAAUGGAAAGACACAGAUACAAGAGAUCCUCCUUUAGAUGUCAUACGUGGUUAUAUAUCAAAACUGAUUACAGAAAAUGCUUAUCAAGACUUGCAGUUAAAAUUACGUCCAGUUGUCGAUGAACUAAUGAGAUUAGAACUAAAUAUGCUUAAAAACUCUCUGAAAUUGGACUAUCAGGCAGCUGGUAUUGCGAAACCUCCACAGAGUAAAAAAAGGAAUAAACCAAAAAAAAUUAAAGUGUCAAAGCCAGACAAGGUUCCACCAGCGGCUAUGUUCCAAGCUUUGGUCGAUGAAGGUAUUAUAAGAAAAUAUGAACACAUUACAUUAGAUGAUUAUUGGGGAGAUACAAAUUAUGCUGCUGCUGAUACACGUGCAGUACUUUGGACACCAAGUUUUCCACCAGCGUGCUUAGGCGAUGUUAAAGAACAAGUCAGAUUACGAUGUUUACUAACACUUGGAUCAUCGUGUCCAAAUGCAGUUCGCUCUCAAUUACUUGUCGGACCUAAAGGUUCUGGUAAAAAGACAUUGAUAUAUGCAAUCGCUACGGAAACUAAUUCUAUACUUAUAGAUUUAUCGCCGAUGAAUGUGUACGAUAAAUUUCCAGGACCGAAAAAUUUGAAAACGAUGUUUGCGUACGUUAACAGAAUAAGUAGAUUAAUGCAACCCACUAUUAUUUUUGUCGAUAACGCUGAUAAAAUUUUCUGUAAAAAAGUACCAAAAGAAGAAAAAAUGUUUGACCCUAAGCGUCUUCAGAGAGAUUUUUUUAAAGAGAUAAUUAAGCCGCUCAUUCCCAGUGAAGAUAAAAUUUUAAUAUUAGGCACUGCAACAGAACCCUGGUUGGCAAAAAAUGGACAGAUGUACAAAGUUUUUCCUUCAUUAAUUCUUUUGCCGAGAACGGAUUACGGAAGUAUUUCAUAUAUCCUAACUAAAAUACUAAUGAAAUAUCACGGAAUGAAUCGUGAGUUUAAUGUUCACUGUGUCGCACAGGUUUUACGAGGAUAUGAUAUAAAUUCUAUAAGAAAAGCUAUCGAUAAAUUGAUGAAUGGCAAGCGUGUUGCAGAACUAUACUACAAGCCUUUAAAGCCUGAAGAAAUCAUCAAUGCCGUUUUAGAUUUUGAGGAUGUUGUUUACACGGGCGAGGCAGACUAUGAUAUGUAUAAAGAAUGGUACGAGUCGUACUCCCCGUGGGGUAAAAAGUAUCUUGACUACAUGCAGAUGCUAGAGUCUCAGCUGGCUUAUAAAUUAAAAGCAGAUAAAAAGAAAAAGUAA